GGAAAUCGGAGGACGAGGAGGAGGAGAAGAAAACCGCGUUUGACCUUGUAAACCCCGUCUUCCUCAACAGGCCCAUUUGCUCCAUUUGCUCCCCCCACUCAACUGCUCCUCCUCCUCUCCCCAUAUCCCCCACUCAAAUCCCACCAUUAGUCCAAUCUAAUCCAAUCCGACCGAGUUGAGACCACAUGUGACUGUCCCUUGUUCCCAGAACGACAGCCUCAUCAGUUGUUGUGGUUGGAUCUGUUGUCGUGGUGGCUGGCGAUGGCGGACUUGGUGAAGCAGAUCCUGGCGAAUCCGAUCCAGCUGGCGGACCAGGUGAAGAAGGCGGCGGAGGAGGCGAGCUCCUUCAAGCAGGAGUGCUCCGAGAUCAAGUCCAAGACCGAGAAGCUUGCCGGCCUCCUCCGCCAGGCCGCCCGCGCUGGCAACGACCUCUACGAGCGCCCCACCCGCCGGAUCGUUGAGGACACCGAGCAGGUCCUCGCCAAGGCCCUCUCCCUCGUCCUCAAGUGCCGCUCACACGGCCUCAUGAAGCGCGUCCUCGCCAUCAUCCCCGCCGCCGCCUUCCGCAAGAUGUCCUCCCAGCUCGAGAACUCCAUCGGCGACGUCUCCUGGCUGCUCCGCGUCUCCGCUCCGGCCGAGGACCGCGGCGGCGAGUACCUCGGCCUCCCUCCCAUCGCUGCCAACGAGCCCAUCCUCGGCCUCAUCUGGGAGCAGAUCGCGACCCUCCACACUGGCUCCCAGGAGGACCGCUCCGACGCGGCCAACUCGCUCGUGUCCCUCGCCCGGGACAACGACCGCAACGGGAAGCUGAUCAUCGAGGAGGGCGGGGUCGGCCCGCUCCUCAAGCUGGCCAAGGAAGGGAAGGAGGAGGGGCAGGAGAACGCGGUUCGGGCGAUCGGGAUUCUCGGGCGUGACCCCGAGAGCGUGGAGCACAUGCUCCACGCCGGCGUGUGCGGGGUGUUCCAGAAGAUUCUCAAGGAGGGCGCCAUGAAGGUGCAGGCGGAGGUUGCGUGGGCCGUGGCCGAGCUGGUCGCCCAUGGCCACCCCAAGUGCCAGGACGUGUUCUUCCAGCAUAAUGUAAUCCGGCUUCUCGUGAGUCACCUCGCAUUCGAGACAGUCCAGGAGCACAGCAAGUAUGCUAUCGCGACCAGCAACAAGGCCACCUCGAUCCACGCCAUCGUGAUGGCGAACAACAACAGCAGCAGCAAUAGUAAAACUGCCAAUGGCACUGUGACGGGCGACGAUGCCGUGAAUAACCUGAACCAGGACGAGGAGAGUACCCACCCGCAGCCGCAGCAUCCGCUCGGGAACAGGAACCCAGCUACCCAGAUGCACAACGUGGUCACCACCACCAUGGCGCUGAAGAAUUCGCCGGGCCCGACCGAGAACGGGAAUAACAAGCAGCAGAACAGCAACCACAACAAUAGCAACCACCACCACCGGCGCCAGCAGAGCCACUCUAUGUCGGGCGGUGUGAACCUCAAGGGCCGGGAGUUCGAGGACCCCGCCACAAAGGCCCACAUGAAGGCCAUGGCAGCACAGGCUCUGUGGCGGUUGGCGAGGGGGAACUCUGCCAUCUGCCGCAGCAUCACUGAGUCCCGGGCCCUCCUCUGCUUUGCAGUGCUGCUCGAUAAAGGCCCUGAGGAGGUCCGGUUCAACUCCGCGAUGGCCUUGAUGGAGGUCACUGCUGUGGCGGAGAAGGAUGCGGACCUCCGGCGGUCCGCCUUCAAGCCCAGCUCACCUGCCUGCAAGGCCGUGGUUGACCAGCUCCUCAGGAUCAUCGAGAAGGCUGGGCCGGACUCUGAUUCCGAUCCUGAUCUCCUGAUCCCGUGCGUGAAGUCGAUCGGGAACCUAGCAAGGACGUUCCGCACAACCGAGACCCGGAUGAUAACGCCACUUGUGCGGCUCCUAGAGGACGACUGCAGGCCGGAGGUUUCAAAGGAAGCUGCAGCAGCCCUCACAAAGUUCGCCGGCACCAACAACUACCUUCACCUCGACCACUCCAAGGCUAUCAUCGCCGCAGGUGGAGCCAAGCACCUGAUCCAGCUAGUCUACUUUGGGGAGCAGGCAGUUCAAAUCUCGGCCCUUGUCCUCCUCGCGUACAUCGCCAAGCACGUCCCCGACAGCGAGGAGCUCGCGCAGGCCGAAGCCCUGACCGUAAUCGAGUGGGCCUCGAAGCAGUCGGCGCUGACCCAGGACGGGACCGUGGAGGCCCUGUUGCACGACGCGAGAAGCAGGCUUGAGCUGUACCAGUCUAGAGGGUCUAGAGGCAUAUUCCAUUGAUUUUUGAUCUCUGAAAAAGAAAAAACAGAGGACAACGCUAUGUAUCGAUUCUAUUCUUUUCCUAAAUUUUGGGCUCUCUAAUUCCAAUUUUCGAGUUUUUGGGGUCGGUGCGAACUCUGAUGGAGUGUACAUACAUUUCAAAUUUUUUAGCUUCUGUAUGUAUUUUGUCUAGAGAAAAAAAAAUCCCUUCAUUUUACAGCAGAAACUCUGCUUCUUCCUAUUCC